CUGUGUUUUGGAUCAUGCUCUGCUCUCUAUGGUUUGAAGGAUUUGCUGACUGCUCGGACAGACUUGUUUGUGAACUUCCUCUGUUGCUUUGUCAUUGCCUCUGUUUUUGACAACUUUCAGUCAGAAGUUGUGAUUCCUUCGAUUGAACCUUCAUUUGAGCCUCCGACAUUUGAGUCAUGGCUCCAUUUCUUCGGCUCUCAUUUAACUCCUACGAGGUGGGAACUGUGCUAAAUUCAGCUGAAACUCAGCCGCCAUUCAUCGCUGUAAAGGUGAAGGAAGCCUUGACAACAGAACGUGGGAAAACGUUGGUUCAGAAGAAGCCGACUAUGUAUCCAAACUGGAAGUCUUCCUUUGACGCUCACAUAUAUGAGGGACGUGUGAUCCAGAUUGUGCUGAUGAGGAGUGCAGAGGAGCCUCUCUCUGAGGUGACUGUGGGUGUCUCAGUCCUUGCAGAACGCUGCAAGAAAGGCAACGGCAAGGCAGAGUUCUGGCUGGACCUGCAGCCCCAGGGGAAGGUGCUGAUGGCAGUACAGCUGUUCCUGGAGGAUUCGGAUUGUCACCAGUCUGUGAGGGAGGAGGAUGGUGCGGUGACUUUGAAUCGGCGUCGUGGGGCAAUCAAGCAGGCAAAAAUCCACUACAUCAAGAACCAUGAGUUCACCGCAACCUUCUUUCGGCAACCCACCUUCUGCUCUGUGUGCCGGGAUUUUGUCUGGGGCCUGAACAAACAGGGAUACCAGUGUCGACAGUGUAACGCUGCAAUCCAUAAGAAAUGUAUCGAUAAAAUCAUCGGCCGCUGUACAGGCACUGCCACCAACAGCAGGGACACAGUGUUCCAGAAGGAGCGUUUCAACAUUGAUGUUCCACACAGGUUUAGAGUGAACAACUACAUGAGCCCAACGUUUUGUGAUCACUGUGGGAGCUUGUUGUGGGGGCUGGUCAAACAAGGACUCAAAUGUGAUGAAUGUAUGAUGAAUGUGCACCACAAAUGUCAGUCCAAAGUGGCCAAUCUCUGUGGAAUCAACCAGAAACUGAUGGCUGAGGCACUCAGCCAGAUCAACAUGAAAUCAUCUACUCGGAGGUCCGAUAGCAGUCUGCCUGAAAAUUCAAACGUAGGAAUUUAUCAGCCUUACAACAACACUAGUGGAUCUGGAAUUCAAAACUUGGACAGUACAGACAGUAACCAAUAUGGCAAGUUGUGGGAGGAUGGCUCACCGAAACCACCCCAGCGAGGACCCAGCCUACGCCCUGAUUCAAUGAGGAAACUGACCAUUGAGAACUUUACUCUUCAUAAAGUGCUGGGCAAAGGAAGCUUUGGAAAAGUGCUACUCGCAGAGUUGAAGGGAAAGGGCGAGUUCUUUGCUGUGAAAGCGCUGAAGAAGGAUGUGGUUUUAAUGGAUGAUGAUGUGGAAUGUACGAUGGUGGAGAAACGGGUUCUGGCCCUGGCCUGGGAUAAUCCAUUCCUCACCCACCUCUACUCAACCUUUCAAACCAAGGAGCAUCUGUUCUUUGUUAUGGAAUAUUUGAAUGGUGGCGACCUGAUGUUCCACAUUCAGGAAAAAGGACGUUUCGAUCUGUACCGAGCGACAUUUUAUGGAGCAGAAAUAAUCUGUGGAUUGCAGUUUCUGCACUCAAAGGGGAUUAUUUACCGGGAUCUCAAACUGGACAACGUGAUGUUAGACAAGGAUGGACACAUCAAAAUAGCUGAUUUUGGAAUGUGCAAGGAGAAUGUGUUCGGGGAAAACAGAGCUACCACUUUCUGCGGAACCCCAGACUACAUCGCACCUGAGAUUUUACUGGGUCAGAAAUACACGUUCUCGGUUGAUUGGUGGUCAUUUGGCGUGCUGCUGUACGAGAUGCUGGUUGGUCAAUCGCCAUUCCAUGGUGAUGAUGAGGAUGAGCUGUUUGAGGCAAUCAGAGUGGACACUCCGCAUUAUCCGCGUUGGAUCACCAGAGAAUCAAAGGACAUCCUGGAAAAACUGUUUGAAAGAGAUCCAUCAAAGAGGCUCGGGAUUUCAGGAAAUAUUAAACAGCAUAAUUUCUUCAAAACAGUGAACUGGACUGCACUGGAGAAAAAGGAAAUUGAUCCUCCUUUCAAACCCAAAGUGAAAUCUCCAGGUGAUUACAGCAACUUUGACCGUGAGUUUCUGAGUGAGAAGCCGCGCCUCUCUCAGGGGGACAAGAACUUGAUUGAUAGCAUGGAUCAGACAGCGUUCCAGGGAUUCUCGUUCAUUAACCACAACAUGGAGCGACUGAUGAAAUAGUUCAGACACCAGGUGUCUCUCAACAUGCCGCAGCCCUCCAAUCACAUUCCUGCAUUUCAUCCAAAUAUUUAAGUGACCUGAGGGAUGGCAGUUGGAGCUAGUUUUUCUCCUUUAUCUAAUCUGUUUGUUAAUAUCAUGGAAAUUUGUUUAAUCUGUUGUCAAUUUUUCCUGGUGUUGGUGUGGCUAUGACUGGCAUCUGUGCACACGACCCUUGACCUGUAAAUCUUGUGCAUGCAGUUUCUUUAUUGGGUGAAAUCAAAACAGGAACCUGGACCCUCGGUGGAAUGAGUCCCUGGUGCCAUCUCUGGUUACCAGGUGAUAUGCAGUUGCUGGGUUUGUAUAAAGCUAUCCUGGGAACAGUGAAGCAAGAAAUGUCCGUCCGUAUUUCUAAACUCUCAUCAUUUAGUCUUUAAUCAGGGACAGUGAUACAAAGUGUACAUUAAAUUUCACCUUUAAAUAAAGUAAAGUUUCCUUUCA